UCCAUCACAAAAUAUUCACAUUAAUAGUCACUAAACAUUAUACGUCGAAACUCAUAGAAUACCUAGAUUACGGGAAGUUUAAGUUAUUUCUUAGACAAUAGUAUGUUUUAAUAAACAAAGUGCUCAUAACACCAUGUAACUAGCUUCAUUUACAGCGCCUCGCUCCACAAGGCAAGCUAUCCUGUCGAAACCAAAAUGUCAAAUAUAUUAACAGGGAUUUUGGUGGUUUUCGUUUUAAUCACCUUAGUGUCUUCACACGGACCUCCAUUGGAGCGCGACAAUGAAGACAUAGCAAUGGGGAGGAAGGUAAAAAAAAUGGGUGCCAAGUGGUGCAGCAUGGCGAAGGUUUGCAAUCACGAUCGCGUACCGAUCUGUGGCAUCAGUCACGCUGGCGAUGUGAUGGGCUUUCGAGACCUCUGCGAUAUGUUUGACUAUAACUGCAUAAGAAGAAGGAAUUACAAGCAAACUGCCUGCCCAGAAGACAAGUCGAUAUUAACCGUGUCGCGACGCCCAACCAACAGUUUUUAUGAUGAUUAAUUUAAUUUGUAUUUCAUACCAAACAUUGUAAAGUCAAU